AUGGCUGCACGAGGAGUCGGAAGUCUUACCGAGGCCAUGAGAUCUCUCGGGAUAGCGGCUAGGGCCUCGCACCCGACCAAGACGUUUGCGCGGACAAUGGCCACCGAGGCACCGAUGAGUCAGAUUACAAAGACGGCAGACACGCAGAAGAUUAUGCAAUCGUGGAACCCAGCAUCCUCCGUACCCGUCACCAUCCACAGCUUCCCCUGGCUCGAGCCCAAGACGCUGGAGCAGUGGUCGGUCGAGCACCUGUACCUCCCGCUGCGUCGCGACCUCCUCCACAUGGCGGUCGUGUACGAAGGUGACCACACGCGGCUGGGCACGGCCUCUGUCAAGACGAGAUAUGAAGUGCACGGCUCGCACCGCAAGGUGCACGCGCAGAAGGGCUCGGGCCGCGCCCGCGUGGGCACCAAGCAGAGUCCCAUCCGCCGCGGCGGUGGCAAGACGUUCGGCCCGCACCCGCGCGACUUCGGCACCAAGCUCAACCGCAAGGUAUACGACAAGGCUUGGCGUACGGCCCUGAGCUAUCGCUACCGCAGGGGCGAGCUCCUCGUCUGCGAGGAUGGCAUGGACCUCGCCAUGCCCGCUGACUUCGAACUCGUCGCCGACAAAUUCCUCAAAGACGGCCUGCGCGAGACAUACAUGGCCAAGUACAUGACUGGCGUGCUGGGUGACCUCGGCCUCGGAAAGGCUGAUGGACGCACCCUCUUCGUCACGAGCGACAGGCGACAGAGGCUGUUCGAUGCAAUAGAGCAGGUCCCCUGGGAGGGUAGGGCGCUCGACCUCGACGAUGUCGACGUCAAGGAUCUACUCGAGGAUGGCAAGGUCAUCUUAGAGCGUUCCGUGCUCAAGGAGAUGAUUGACCGACACCAGAGUGAUCUCGUCAGCAAAAUUCUCGUCGGGGGUUUCACUCCCGGUCCUGAGAGCGGUCAGAAGAUUCUCGGUGCGUAG